CGAUACAUAUGUAACGUGCGUUAUUACGCUGAUCGACACGUGUGAUUACGUCGGCGAUUAAAACGCACUUUUAAUAAUUUAAACGAUAGAGCUUCGACUCCACGUCGCUAAUUACGAGCGAUAUCACGAAUUAAUUAUCGUUAUCCUUGUCAUUCGAACAGCGCGUUCGCUGUCUCUUUACAGUCCUUUUCAAAAUGGCAGCUACGGACGAGCUGACUUUGCUCGAGCGAGUAUUCCUUCGUUUGGGCUCUGCAGAAACAGAUGAACAGUUACAGGCAUCAGUCUGUAAAUUUUUGCCUCCUGUAUUACUCAAGUUAUCUAGCGGACAGGAAGGUGUUAGGAAAAAGGUGAUGGAAUUGUUGAUUCAUAUAAACAAGAGAAUAAAGAGCAGGCCUCAAGUACAACUACCUGUUGAGGCAUUACUCCUGCAGUAUCAAGAUCCAUCUGCUAGUUCGUUUGUGAUUAACUUUACAAUAAUAUAUAUAAAGUUAGGAUAUCCUCGAAUGGAAAUGAACAAACAAGCAGAAUUAGUUCCAAGUGUAUUAAAUGCUAUUGAAGGAAAACCAUUGUCCCAUCAAGACAGUUUAAUGCUGAUUAUAAUGCCAGCAUUGGGACACAUUAAUAUACCAACGGAUCCUGAUAAACGAGCAUCUCUUUUAGGUUUACAAGAUAAACCUUAUGUUGCUAAGCAACUUAUAAACUUUAUGCUCGAUAUAUUAUUGCUACCAUAUGGGUCUGUGGGACAAACAGAAAAUCAACAAUCAGGUCAAACUAUUGAUUUGUCUCAGUUUACUGUGCCACCAGGUUUAAGCGAUUAUGCAUUCAAAAGAGUAAUAGGUGAAAACCCACCAACAGCAGAGCAGCUUGAACAAAUAAAGUUGGGCAUUGUUAAGUUUCUUGCUGGUGGAUUUUUUCCAGAUGCAGAUAUUCUGAUACACUUAAUUGUAGCAGCAGCAGAUACUAGAUUUAGCAUUGCAAAUAUGGCGGAUCUAGAAUUAAAAAAAAUUGUCGGGACAUUGGAUUGGUCUUCGAUGCAAUUAGCAGCUCCAUUAUAUACAUUAUUUUUGGGUACUGAUGCAUUAGCUACACAAAAAGAGGUAAAACCCGAGAUGAAGCGACAUGCUGCGAGCACUCGAAUUCGUCUCAAGCUUUUACAGUAUCUUUGUCGUGUAACUAAGGCGGGUUUCAUUAUACCACCAUGUAUACAGGUUGUUUUUGAUUCACUUUAUGGAAAGAAUACAAAUGCAAAGUUGAAAUCAUUGGCAUUGCAAUUUACAUCAAAUAUCGUUCAACACUGCAGUCUUGUACCAUUAGCUCGCGUUGCUGGAGUAAUUUUGAAUGGUAUGAUAAAAUUGCUCUCUGAGGGUGAUGAUGGACAUAAAUCAAUGGCAUACACAGUUAUUGGACAACUUGGUCAAAGAAUACCAUCUUUAAUAAACAAAGAUUUGAGUUUAUUACACAAUUUGUUCGACACUCUUGUAUCUACGGAUGGCGAAUUACGACGAACAGUAAGAGAUGCAUUAAUUUGCGUUACAUCUGCGUUCAUACUGAACAAAGAGGAUGAAAGCAAUAUAGCUCUAAUGAACGCUCUAUUAUCGGUUCACAUUGAAUCACCAGAAUCUAGUGUAAGAUUUGUGGCAAUGCAUUAUGCUGCAACUGUGUUUCCACCUGAUGACGCUCCCUCUCGAUACCUCUUAUUGUUAGCAUGUGGUGAUAACAAACACGAGAUAAGUACAGAAGCUAUGAAAGCGUUAUAUGGUGUCGUGCACAAAAAUGAGGACGAUCAACAGAUUAAUAACAAAAUAUUGUUACCCGAAUUUGUGAAAUUAGUGAGUUAUAUUUACUCGAAAAUGCAAUCGAGAAUGCCUGCGAAUAGCGGCAGAAAUACGGACAAGCAAGUUCUCCCAUACAGUGUUACUACAUUUUCUGAAAUUAUUACUUACUUUCGCGUUUGUCUCGCCAGAAGUGCUAAUAUUCCCGCGCGAAAUGAACCACUACAACAUCCUUGCGAACAUACUCCGUUGAUUGGGCGAUACUUGGAGAAAUUAUACAAGGAUCAACCAGAAAUACUAAAUCAUUAUCUUGAUAUGAUUUUGCUCCUAAGUCAUUCUUCUGCAGAUCAAAUUUCUUUAAAUGCAUUAUUGGAAGUACUUGGGUCUGUUCCUCAUUAUAUAGUAAAAUCCUAUGAAAAAGAAUUGCCUUGGCUUCGGUCCUUACUCACUUCUACUAAGCAAGAUGUACGACAACUAGCUGCAAAAAUAUACGCUGCUAUCACCGGCUAUUUUCCAAAUAAUGAAUUUGAAAAGCAUGUUUCAAACAUCAUGGAUAUUAUGAAUAAAAAGAAUUUGGAAGCACAACAUGGCGCAUUAAUGGCACUUACUUACAUGAUGGAAAGAAAUUUAUUGCAACAGCGAAAUGAAAAUAAAGAUUUAUGUAAUUGGAAGACUUACAAUGAUAUUGUGAAAGCAAUAUGUACAAAUCUUCGCGAUAACACGACGCUAUUAAUGGAUGCUGCUAUUCACGCCAUUGGCGUCUUAGGAAAAACAUAUUCUUUGCCCUUGCCAAUGGAAGGAAAAAAUGAUUUGAAUAAGAAAGCGAUAGUAGAAACUCUCUUUUCUGCAUUAUCCAAUGCUAAGUUAAAUACCAAGAUGAAAGAGAAAGCUGCCCUUUCACUAGGAUAUUUGUGUGUCGGUGAAUGUUUUCCGCAUACCACGGAGAUUGCUAACAAAAUCAUAGCAACAGUCAAAGAGACGAAGGAUAUUGAAAUCCAUUUAAUUCUGGGAGAGGCUUUGGUUUGUUGCGUUCAAGCGCAAGCUUCAUCAGAAGCAAGAAAUGCCUGGACAACUCUACCCGCCGAACAUGUUGUUCCAUACAGUAAGGAAAGCGAUGAAUUAUUAAUUCAUGUAUUGGGCGAAUUACUUAAUGUAUAUCAAGUGCCUCAUCCAAAUUUGCGACAGGCAGUAUGUGUGUGGCUAUUUACACUUUUGAAACACAACAUUCAACGAGAAUGUAUUAAAGAAAGAUUGUCCACUAUUCACCAUGCGUUUAUAGAUUUUCUUUCAGAUGACAGUGAUAUAGUGCAAGACGUUGCUUCAAAAGGCCUUAGUUUAGUACAUAUUAACAGCAAACAAGAAGAGCGUGAUGCUUUAGUAUCUAGUAUAUUAGAUCAGUUUACACAGGGUCGUAGGACAGUGCAACAAGUUACCGCUGAUACAAAAUUGUUUGAGGAAGGUCAAUUGGGAAAAAGUCCAUCUGGUGGCAGUUUGUCAACGUAUCGAGAAAUCUGUUCCCUCGCGACAGAAUUGCAAAAACCCGAGCUCGUAUAUUAUUUUAUGCAUUUGGCAAAUCAUAAUGCAAUAUGGACAUCCAAGAAGGGAGCGGCAUUUGGUUUCGCAGCGAUCGCUAGUAUCGCGAAAGACGAACUCAAUAAAUAUCUACCAAGUAUUAUACCGCGAUUGUAUAGAUAUCAGUUCGAUCCUACGCCUAAGAUCCAACAGAGUAUGACCAGCAUUUGGCGAGCUGUCGUUCCUUCAACAUCGAAAGCCAUUGAACAGUAUCAUAAAGAAAUAUUGACUGAUGUAACUGAUAAUCUAACCAAUAAUGAGUGGAGAGUACGUAUCAGUUGUUGUAAUGCUCUCGCAGAUCUUUUAAGGACAGCAAAUGUUCAACUCAAUUUCGCUGAGUGCGGUCCGGAACUGUGGAAGAAAUUAUUUCGCGUGAUGGACGAUAUUCACGAAGGCACGCGAUUAGCCGCGACAAACACUGCUAAGAUAUUUAGUAAGAUUUGCAUACGUCAUUGCGAUUUCUCGCAUGGUAAUGCGGGUAAAGAAGUUAUUCAAGCGAUAUUGCCCGUGCUGCUUGACAUUGGGAUUACUCAUACCGUGGACACGGUGAGAUCCAUUUCAUUGCAAACGGUAUCUCAACUCGUAUCCACGGCAGGUGUUUUAUUAAAACCGUCGCUGGUCAAUUUAAUACCUUCAUUAUUGGAAACGAUUGGUGAAUCGGAGAAUCCUAAGCUUUCAUAUCUAAGUAAUGUGUGCGGUGGGACAACGGAAACGCAGGAAGCUGUCGAUAAUCUCAGAGCCAAUAUUGCCAAGGGCCAUUAUGCGUCAGAUACAAUAACAAAAUGUAUCCAAUAUAUCGAUGCAGAUGUACUGAAGGAUUUAAUGCCAAAAGUAAUAGAUUUAAUCAAAUGCAGCAUAGGAUUUGGAACAAAAAUUGCUUGCUCGCAUUUUGUAAUUCUUCUCAGUACACAUCUGAAGUUAGAAUUGCAGCCAUAUAGCGCUAAAAUUCUAUCUGCCUUACUUAAUGGUUUAAUUGAUCGUAAUGCUGCUGUGAGAAAAAAUAAUGCAAUUUGCAUUGGCCAUAUAGUUGGCUCGGCUAAAGAUUCUAGUCUGGAUAAAUUAUUUAAUACUCUAAAUACAUGGUAUUUAGAACGUGAAGAUGAUGCAAUAAGAUUAGCAAUUGGACAAACUUUGCAAUCCAUAAACAAUUAUAAUCAAGAGAAAUUAAAAAAUUAUCAUAAGAUAGUGAUUCCUCUUACAUUUUUUGCAAUGCAUGCAGAGAAGGUACCAGGGAAUGAAAACACUAUCGAAUUAUGGACUGAUCUUUGGAACGAAAUAACUCCCGGUACCGAAGCGGGAAUCAUGCAUAAUCUGCAAGCAAUAACCGAUAUUUUACAUACAACUCUUAAAUCGGCGUCAUGGACUACAAAAGUGCAAGCUGCAAAUGCGGUUCAUACUGUUGCCUUAAAAUCAGGUCAUAAUAUCGAUAUAGAAGCCAGAAAUACUUUAUUAAAAAUACUGACGGACGGUCUACGUGGCAGAACAUGGGAUGGAAAAGAGCGUUUAUUAAACGCUCUCGCAAUGUUAGCGUGCAAUAGCAAAGAAGUUUUAAACGCGGAUACUGCACUGCUAGAUACAAUUGUGUUAACACUAUAUAGAGAAAGUAAAAAAGAAAAUGUUGAGUAUCGUCGAAGUGCUUUACAAGCAUUUGCUAUGGUAUUACAUGAACUUGAUAUUGAUAGAUUUACAGAGACAUAUGAAAUUGUACAGGAAAUUUUGAUUAAGAUAUCUGAUAAAAAUAAUGAUGACGAAGAAGAUACUGUGGAAGAAAGUAGAAAGAAAAAGGAAAAUAAUAUAAAAUUGCAAGAAACAGUUUAUGAAGUACUUGGGAAAGCAUGGCCCUCUACCAAAGAAACACAAGACAAAUAUUGCAUAGAAUUUGUAACUCACUGUCAAAAAGUACUGCCAAAUAGUACGAGAUCUGUACAAGUCACCAUUUUGAUGGCAUUAAAUCUCUUUGUGGAUAGACUUGUCAUAUUAAAAAUAAAUAAAACAGAAAUAUCAUCAAAAGAUAAAAAAUUAUUAGAUGAGAUAAGUGAUAGUUUUAAUAAAAUAUUAUCAUAUUGUAUAAAUAUUUCAAAGUUCACCAGAAUUAGAAAAGAAGCAUUGAAUAUAGUUCUUUCAUUAGGGAGAAAGAUGCGUGAGUCUAAUAAUGAUGAACAGCUUGACAAGAUGACCCGCGUUUUGAAAGAAUUCUUGCCCGAUCUAGCAAAGGAUAAUCAACCAGAAAUACGGACCAGAGUUGUUGAUAUUAAGGAAAUGCUUAAAAUUUAACUAGCCCAAUACACUAAUAAGAAAAAGUUGUCUUCCCUUUUCCAACAUAAACAAUUUUUAUAAGUUGUGUUCACGAGAUUAAUUCAAACUGUUGUCUGAAAUGCUCAAAGAUUUGAAAUAAAAAAUAAUAGAAGAUAAAAUUUUAUUUAAAAUCAUAACAAAAUAGAUUUUAAUCUGUAAAAGAAGAAUCUAUCAUAUAUUUUGUAAGAUAUGCAGGGAAAUGGUAGAGUGAAGUCUAUAUGUGUACAAUUCUUGGACAACUUCCAUAAAGAUACUGGUAAGAAUGCAAGUAACAAUUCAAAGAAA